AUGGUCAAUGACAUUACUAGAGAUCUUUGGACUGACAGAGGACUCCUAAGAAUUACCAGUUCAGAAAAGGGGCUAUUUGAAUUCCAUUUUUCAUCCACUGAACAAUGUGACAAUGUCUUAGCUGAUGGUCCAUGGUUUUUUGCUAACAAGCCACUAAUUCUCCAUCAUUGGAUGCAAGGCUUCCAGAAAUCCCUUCACUCAACUAUCCCAAUCUGGAUCAAGCUUUUUGGAAUUCCACGCCAGUUCUGGACAGAGCAAGGAUUAAGCUUCAUCACCAGCUCCAUUGGGCACCCCUUGUUUGCUGAUCUAAUCACUGAAGGUGGACUAAAAACAAGAUUUGCAAAGGUAUGUGUCACUGUAAAUGCUAAUUCUGAUUUUCCUUCAACCCUCAAGCUUCACAUGAGUAAUGGGCAAGUGGCCAACAUCAAUGUGCUCUACCUGAACUGCCCCCCUAGCAGCAGCUCCUGUAAUGUUUUUGGGCAUACCAGAAAAACUUGUCUCAAAUCUCCCGCAGCAUCUAGACCCUCUCAACCACGUAAUGAAUGGCAAAUCAUUCCAAUGAAGAAGCCAUCAACCACACAUCACCACUCAGCUCCAUUGAUAUCAUCACCUCCUGCAUCCCCCCUUCACCUCCCAAGCCAUCAUGGGAAGAAUGUCAUCACUCAUUACUUUAAACCAAAUGAAACAUUCAAAGUUGACCUAAAUCCUUAUAAACCUGAACACUUGGGAACCUCCUUCAUCUCAUCAACUGAGCCACUCUCAUUGGAUACACCUCCAUCAAGAAUCCAAUGCUCCAUAUCCUCUCAUCCCUUCCAAUUAUAG